AUGUCGGAAAACGGAAUUAACGGUCAUAGAGCCCAUUCCGUCGGGCUGCAAUGGAAAGUUGGCUUGAUCAACUCUGAACAGAAAUACUUGACCGCCGAAACAUUUGGCUUUAAGAUCAAUGCUUCAGGCACUGGUCUAAAAAAGAAACAAGCAUGGACAUUGGAACAAGAUUCUAAGGAAGAGGUGGUUUACAUCCGAAGCCAUCUGGGUCGUUACCUGGCCGCUGAUAAAUACGGUAAUGUGAGCGGCGAUAGCGAAGAACCCGGCCAGGACGAAAAAUUUGCUAUCGAAUACAGUGCGAAAGGUCAGUGGGCACUGCGGAAUGUGGCUCACGGCUUUUACGUCGGAGGUAGUGGCGAUAAUAUUGUGGGACAGGCUAAACAGCCUUCAACUACCGAAUGGUGGACCUUACAAUUGGCCAUCCACCCUCAAGUCAACUUGAAAAACGUAAAUCGCAAGCGGUACGCGCGACUGGCCGGUGAAGAAGGCGAGAUCCAAUUUACUGAGGUAAUUCCUUGGGGUCAGGACUCGCUUAUCAUCCUCAAAUUUGUCGAUGGCAAGUACGCGUUGGUCACCUGUGAUAAUCGUUAUUUGCACAGGGAUGGCACGCUGGUCAACGAAAUGAGCCAGGACACACAGUUCACGGUGGAACUCAAGUCUGGUCAAAGUUCUGGUCUUGCCCUUAAGGAUAUCGAGGGUCGCUACCUGACCGCUGUUGGUCCCAAAGCUGUGAUGAAGGCUAGAAAUAAAACCAUCACCAAAGAUGAAUUAUUCACAAUUGAAGACAGUCAUCCUCAGGUUACUUUUACCUCCCAUAAUGGAAAGUUGGUCUCUAUUAAACAAGGUGUGGAUGUAUCUGCCAAUCAAGAUGAAGUGACAGAUAGAGAGACAUUCCAGUUAGAAUUUGAUAAGGACUCUAAAAAAUGGGCCAUAAGGACUGUGGAUAAUACCUACUGGUCAGUGGAAGGCACUUCUGGUGUCCAGGCUGUUGCUAGGGAAAUAAAGAAGACAUGUCUUUUUGACAUUACCUGGCAGCGAGAUGGUUCCAUUACCAUAAUGGCACAUAACAACAAUUAUGUCUACAAUAAACUAACCGGCAGUCUUGUAGCUGGCAGUGAUUCUGUGUCAGCUAAAGAGAAAUUCCGAAUCCGAUUGGUUAAUCGACCAGCCCUUGUAAUGAAAGGAGAAUAUGGCUUUGUAGCCUUCAAAGUUGCAAAUUCUCCUAAGGCAGAAUAUGUAUGUAACAAAUCGGUGUACGACUUGAUUUUACUGGAAGCAACAAACAGUGGAAUUUACCAUUUUAAAGGUCAUAAUGGAAAAUACUGGAGUAUUGGUGAUGAUAAAUCCUUAUUUGCUGACAGCACUGGGCCUACUCCAUUCAUUGUAGAAUUCUGUGGACAGGCCAUGUUCACAGUGAAAGCCCCAGAUGGUUGCUACCUGAAAGGUGAACAGAAUGGCAUCUUCAAAGCCAGUGGUAAAGAAGUAAAUGCUUCUACUUUGUGGGAAUUUUAA